UUUUGGCUCAGCCAUCCUUUUGGGGCCUAUAGGAAGACGUCACCCGUGACCAGAAGCCGCGAAGAUGGUGCCAUUGCAGCGACCUUUGAGGAUCGGGACCGACUGCUCAGGCAUGGAAACGCCGAUCAUGGUGCUCAAGCACCUCAAGGUCGCGCACGUGCAUGUCUUCUCGUCUGACAUCGACAAGAAUGUGAAGAAGCAAAUUGAACAAAACUGGGGGCCUGAGGUGUUCUACGACGAUCUGAUGGCUCGCGACAACGACGCAGCGCCACCUUGCGAUCUAUAUAUUGCGGGCUUCCCCUGCCAAUCCUUUUCUUCGGCUGGAAAGCAGAGAGGCUUCAAGGACAAACGUGGAGAAGUCUUCUUUGGAUGCGCUGAAUACAUCGAAGCGCAGAAGCCACGGGCCUUCAUCUUGGAGAAUGUCAGAGCAAUCCUGACGAACGAUCGUGGUCGGACAUGGGCAACAGUGAUGCGCACGCUCAACAACAUCGAUGAUGGUGCCUACCACGUGGAAUACAAGAUCCUGGACACCCAGGAGCAUGCUGUUCCCCAGAGCCGCCGCAGGGUGUACAUCAUCGGUAUUUUGAAGACGGCGCUCCCCGCGAAAUUCUUGAGCUUCCCGUGGCCAGAGUCAUUGCCAUUGCUCUCCGUUGAGCCAUUGUUGGAGCCGGUCACCAAGAAGCCGACAAUGAAGGAUCUCCCACAUAAGAACUACAAGACUGGCUACAACAACGCGAGGGAGGUACUGAAGGACUUGCAAAAGAACAAGCAGGAUCCGUUUCAAAACACCUUCCUGAUCGACAUUGACGCAAGCGAGCGAUUUAGAAACAAAAUGAAGGAUCGUGUGAUGUGCAUGACGAAGUCACGCCCAAGUGGGUAUUGGAUCUCCUCGCGCGGUCGUCGUAUGACAAUCACGGAGAUGCUGAAGUGCCAGGGAAUGGACCCAGGGUCAUUUGAACAGGUGGUGCCUGACAAGGUGCUUGGGGCCCAAAUCGGGAACGCCAUGUCGCAGAACGUGCUGGAACGCCUCUUCAUCAAUCUCUUGCCGUUGGCGGGUCUUGUGCCCCGCAAAACGGUUCUCGAAGACCGCUGGGCUCUACGUGCCGCCGAUCCAGAUUGGCCCAGGAGCAGCGCCGAAGUGAAAGCCACCACAGGGUGCAAGGCGGCUAAGCGGAAGGCAAGUGUGAGCCAAGGUGUGGCCAAGAAGCGCCGAACAGCUGCGUAAGAUCGCGUAGGAGUUGCAGUGCAGGGUGCGGCAGGGUGGCUAGCUUCGGCUGAGGGGAGGCUAGUGAGGCAGCCAUUGGAUGCCACAGGAACAGUUGUGC